GUGAAAUGUCCCACCUAUUAGACAGCACUCAGCUCAUCAUCAUGAUCAGCCAUCAUAAUUACGACUAGGCUACUUUGUCAGCAGGUCCGUGAGGCCAUCUGGAAAGCUUGGGAUUUAGCCCUGUUAGCAUCUGUGCUACAUCAGCUGGAACCCAGCUGACUGAGACGGGGUGGCGGAUCCGCAGACAGACCGGCUUGGCUGACCCUUACAGUAGUAGGGUAGUAGCCUAUUUGGCUCCCCUCAUCUGGAGUCAAUAGCCUCUGGUUAUUGAAAGGACCUGUGAAUUCCUUAACCAAUGGACUGCCGAGAAGAUACACUCAAAAAGUAGUGUCGAGGGACGCCUUGAUUAGAGAACACCUUGAUAAUAGAAUUCUCCCAGCCAUUGAGAAUCAAUAUGGAAGACAUAAAAACUGAAAGCAUAAGUGCUUCUCAGUCUGGGAGCGUUGACAUUGCGGGGAGAGGAGAAGAUGUGACCAAGAACCAGACAAGGGAAAGGACCCAGUGUACUAGUACGGAUACUAAAAACAACCAUUCAGGCUUCCAAUCAGAGAUGGCCCAGUCCCCAAACUCUUCGGCCCCCAUAUGCCCAGCUCAAGGUCUCAACAUAGAACCCUCUGGGACAAUAACACUGAAAAUGCACACGGCUGUUUUGCCAUUGUGCCUUGGGGAGGGCAGUGUAUUUCUGCCUGUGCACCUCCAGAUGCCCACAGGGGCUCAAGGAAAAGGGAUCAGUCCAGCGGGACCCUCACCAUUCCUCCUGCCCAGUCAUGGUCCAGGCUCCCUGUCUCUGAUGUUAGAGCAGCAUGUCUUCCAACAUUUUAAUUCCCAGUUUCUCCCCCAAGGCGUUCUCUGUUCUGCCCCUCCACCGCUGCAGAACAGCAUGCUGCACCGCAACUCCCCCAUCACGCUCUGUCAGCCCUCACCCAUGGAGCCGAAGGUGGCAGAGCGCGAGCCAGCCCCGGUCACACAGGAUGGGCUUGCUGGCUUUGCCGCCAUUUCACAGGACCAGUUCACCACCCACAACAGUUUCACACCGUUUGGUUGCCAAAUGGCUGGACCCAACCCAACACAGACCUUUGCCCCAAACUUCGUACCCACUCCCCCAUCAUUACCUCUACCCUACGCCUGCUCUUCUCCACUGACGCCUCUAGUGCCCCCUCCCACCCUGCUUGUUCCAUUCCCCAUCAUUGUCCCUUUACCGGUGCCCGUCCCCGUCCCCAUCCCAAUUCCUCUAAGGCCUAAAGCUGAGCUGCACGAACCCAGAAGCACUGCUGCAGUGAGCACGCAGACCUGUGAUGGGACUUUCAGUCCCGUCUAUGUUUCGCACACAGCAGGCUCCGAGGGAGUUGCACUGGACCUUUCUACGACAGCUGGGCCUUUAAGUCAACUGAAGCAAGAGGCGUCGGUUCCUCAAGACUCGCCUCUUGACCUGUCGGUGGUGUACCACGUCCACAAGCCACUGGUUCAGGUCGAACAGACAGACGUCAAGCAGCCUGUGAAGAAUGUGCCCAGGUCGGCACGGUCUCUGGAGGUUCUCCCGCCGCUGGGUUGUGGCCAGAAUUUGGACUCCGAGUUCCUCAAUGGCGUGACCUCGCUGGAGCUCAGCAGGCACCGCAAAUGGUUGAUGGACGGCCACUGCAGCCACGAACCCAAGUACGGCGCAAGGAACUACGAGAUCGUCAGCGCCUCACAGACAGCCAAGGUCAUUGUGGCCGUCAAGGACAGCGUUCCCACCAUUUUCCGUGGAAAGCUAAAGGAUCUUGCCGAAGUGCCCGCCAAUACCUUCCCCUUCAAGCAGGACAUGGAGCAGGGUGCCUUGGCCCAGCAGCACUACAGCCCGGUCCUCACGGCCCAGAGUGAAACAGGCCACCUCACCGACCCCAGGAGAAGCACUCCCCGAAACAGGUCGGUGAAACUGAAGAAGGUCAGUUCACAGGAGAUACACAUCCUCCCCAUCAAGAAGCAGCGCUUUACUGCUUUCCUCCACAGAGAGUAGAUGCUCUGGUGCAUGUGCUUCUGAUGAGAACUUGGAUGAGCUCUCUGCUGCUGGCUUUGGUGGACAAGGAAAUAUUUACAAUAUGAACUCAAAAGACAACAUCCAAGCACUUUCCAUUCCAGAUCAUUUAAAAUAAUCAGUAUGGCUGCUUGGCAUAUACAGUGUUUAGUCUAUCCAAGAAAGACAGAAAUGAGUAAUGGAACUACUCAGCUGCACCAUGUAUCAUGACAGUCAGUUAAUCGGAUCUGACUCAAUUCAUAUUUUAUAGAUACAUGGUUUCUGAAGAGGCCAAACUCCACACAGCCCAUGAAGACUGAACCAUUGCAUUUUUAUUCCUUUUUAACACCUGGAAACGU